AUGUCCGAUCAUCUGCUACGACGACUGGUUCACUAUGGCAGUGGCGGUGCCCACCGGCAAACCCCGAAACAACUCUUGGGUCUCAAAAAGGAAUCUCCUAGAAGCGCCAAACCGGCCCCCCGCUCCUUCGCUGUCUUUUACACCAUGGACUCACCCACAGAUCAUGCAACAGAUGUAAUUCAUUGCAUGUUAACUAAUGGGUUCACUCUCAUGUCUUUUCUGUCAACAAUCUUGACUUCCUCAGGCUUUGGUGACAUAUUAUGCGAAAUUCAGGUCCAGAUUCUCAAUCCUGAGCCUGAGCUUGGCAGCACAGUGAUUGUGAGAAACUGGAUCCUUACAAGUGCUCAAGCAAUUUACGCGGAAGAAAUACAAGUACUGAUGGAAAAAGAGAGUGGGCUUCACAUGAAUGCUGCCCACCUUCACCCAGCACAGCUUGAAGAUGGAAGAAUUAGCACGCUGAAGUCACUAUUUGAAUCCAAGGCACCAGCAGUUUGGGCCCUGAUCAAUCACUUACUUACUGUGGAAAGCAAGACACGGGCAAGUGUCAGGGACGCGUCCAGGGUGGAGGGGGCCCAGCUGUAG